AUGGUUGUUCGCCAGUACAACGAGGAAUUGAAGUAUCUUGAAAAGAUAAAUCCAUAUUGUUGGAAAAUCAAAAUGGGUUUUCAGCCAAAUAUGAACGUAGAAGGCGUCUUUUAUGUGAAUUCUACACUCGAAAAAUUAAUGUUAGAAGAACUGAAGAACUCUUGUAGACCUGGAAUGACGGGAGGGUUUCUUCCUGGAGUAAAACAAAUAGCUAAUGUUGCGGCAUUGCCGGGUAUCGUGGGCCGGUCUAUUGGUUUACCAGAUGUACAUUCCGGAUACGGAUUCGCUAUAGGAAAUAUGGCAGCUUUUGACAUGGGUAACCCUAAAUCAAUAGUGUCACCUGGAGGAGUGGGUUUUGAUAUAAACUGUGGUGUUCGCCUUUUGAGAACUAAUCUUCAUGAGAAAGAUGUCCAGCCAAUUAAGGAACAACUUGCCCAGAGUUUGUUUGAUCACAUACCAGUGGGAGUAGGCUCUAAGGGUAUAAUCCCAAUGAAUGCCAGAGAUCUGGAAGAAGCCCUAGAAAUGGGAAUGGACUGGUCUCUCAGGGAAGGUUAUGUCUGGGCUGAAGAUAAAGAGCAUUGUGAAGAAUAUGGACGUAUGCUGAAUGCUGAUCCUUCGAAAGUCAGUCUUCGAGCUAAGAAAAGAGGCUUGCCACAGCUGGGUACUUUAGGAGCUGGUAAUCACUAUGCCGAGAUACAAGUUGUAGAUGAAAUAUUUGAUAAAUAUGCUGCAGGAAAAAUGGGCAUUGAAAGACUUGGUCAAGUCUGUGUUAUGAUUCAUUCUGGAAGUAGAGGCUUUGGCCACCAAGUCGCUACUGAUGCUUUAGUCCAAAUGGAAAAAGCUAUGAAAAGAGAUGAAAUUGAUACAAAUGAUCGACAGUUGGCUUGUGCAAGAAUAAAUUCUGUAGAAGGUCAAGACUACUUAAAGGCAAUGGCAGCAGCGGCCAACUUUGCAUGGGUUAAUAGAAGUUCAAUGACAUUUUUGACCCGCCAGGCAUUUGCCAAACAAUUUAAAAUGGCACCUGAUGAUCUAGACAUGCAUGUCAUAUAUGAUGUGUCUCAUAAUAUUGCAAAGGUUGAAGAGCAUGUGGUAGAUGGAAAAGUGAAGACCUUAUUGGUACAUAGAAAGGGUUCAACCAGAGCUUUUCCUCCGCAUCAUCCUCUGAUACCAGUGGAUUACCAGUUGACUGGGCAGCCUGUAUUAAUUGGUGGAACUAUGGGUACUUGCAGUUAUGUCUUAACUGGAACUCAUCAAGGCAUGACUGAGACCUUUGGGUCUACUUGCCAUGGAGCUGGUCGUGCACUAUCCCGGGCAAAGUCAAGAAGGAAUAUAGAUUAUAAAGAAGUUUUGGAAAAACUGGAAAAUAUGGGAAUCUCUAUAAGAGUUGCUUCACCAAAGUUAGUGAUGGAAGAAGCACCUGAGUCAUAUAAAAAUGUUACAGAUGUCGUAGAUACUUGUCAUGCGGCUGGCAUAAGCAAGAAGACUGUUAAGUUGCGACCCAUUGCUGUUAUAAAAGGCUGA